GUUGUGCAAAGCAGCACAGAUUAGUGUCGGUAGCUCUUUAUCCAGUAGUGAAAGAGAGCUUCGAGAUAUACCAUGGAAUGGCACAACUACUGGGGGUCCUGAUGGACCGAUUCAUGGAGCUUUCCAUUCCCGAAUCAGUGAAAGUGCAUGAGAUCUUCUGCCGCGUCGCCAAGCAAUUCGAUGAGCUGCGCCUCUUCUACACCUGGUCCAGAUCCAACGGAAUCGCACGCUCCUCCGACUAUCCGGACGACGUCGUUAUGGUCAAUGACAAACUCGAUCUCAUGGAUGAUCUGAUCCGGGAGAAAUCCGAGCGGAAGAGACGCAGCAGCUGCAGCAGCCAAGUAUACGAUGAUGAACCGGAUCCGCUACCAGCGAAUGCUCUUCCACCACCGCCGCCGAUGAAGGAGGUGGAGGAAAAAGAGGAGCAGGAGAUAGGAGACCUGUUGGACUCGGGAGAUGGAGGAGCGCAGAUGACGGCUGCAGCUGAUCAAUUAGCUUUGGAUUUAUUUGAUGGUGCGUCUGCUGCUGCUGCGCCACAUUCCGCCGCCGGAGAUUGGGAAACCGUUCUGGUUCAAUCCGCUUGCUACUUGUCAAACAGCAAGGCACAACUCCCAGGAGGCUUCGACGCCUUACUCCUCGACGGACUGUACCAACAGGGUUCAAUAAAUGGUGCGGCCACCAGUGUACUGGCUACGGGGAGUGCCAGCAGCGUUGCGGCACCGGCGGCGCCACAAGGCUAUGCGGACCCAUUCGCGGCAUCCCUAUCCAUACCGCCACCCCCGUACGUGCAGAUGUCAGAAAUGGAGAAGAAACAGAGAUUGUUAGUAGAAGAGAAGCUAUUAUGGCAGCAAUAUGCAAGGGAUGGAAUGGGAUUGGGGUUCCCCCAAAUGAACCACAACUUUUACCCUUACACGCCAACCUAUUGAUAUAUGCAUGAAAGCUAGCUAGUCUUCACGGGGAGGGCUUGGUAGAAUUAAAUCCACAUCCACAUCCACAUCCACAUUUGGAGCAAACGGUAAUAUUCUUAUUCUACAUUUUGUUAUCGAUCCAUCCAAGCUAGCACCACAAGUUUACUCAUAAUCAAAAUGUGAACAAAGUCAAUGAUGACAUGACCUAAUACGGACGGAGUAUAUCAUUUAAGUAAGUCUAUCACUUUUUCCUCAUCCAAACCAAUUGAAGUUUUUGAUUUUCUAUUUCAUAAUAAUCUUGUUGGAUUUUAUUUAUUCCAGACAUGGCUGUGGUAGAGUGAAUAGAUGAGAAAUUCGAUCUCAUUUCUGUACAACUCCUCAUGCAUAGGAGGCCGCCGGGGGCCGGGAGGGAUGUUGAACUCAGAAUAUUCACCCCAUACGCAGAGGAAAAAUACCAACUUGGGCAGUCGUAAGGUGCUAUCAUUGCAACUUGGGCAGCAGAGUCUAAAUUUCAUAUUCAUUAUUAUUAUACAAAGUACCAAGACAUAUAUAUACAUUAUAAUAAUUUGGGAAGAGGUUUUAAAUUACUUGUGGGGUAAGUUAAAACAAUACAAGUGUUCAUUUUUAUUUUUGUAAUAACUAAAAACAGAAGGUAGAUAUUCCAGUUUGGAUCUCAUUCUCAUUCCCAAAUUAAAGCCUUCUCCUUCUCUCC